UUCUUCCUUUGGAGCCUGAACCCUCAUCUUCCCUCCCCAGCCCGAUCGCGAGGAGCUGAGCUCUGCCGGUAGAGGCAGUGCCUUUCCAAAAACAAUUGCUCUUUGGGCAGAUUUCUUGAAAAGAGCCCAACAGGUUGGCGGCCCCGGCGCCGCCCGGCAGUCGAGCGGGAAGCCGCAGCUCGCCUCUCCGGCCUGCGUGGCCCCGGCUGCGGGAGGGACGGGGCGAUGGCUCGGCCUGACCCGUGCGCGCCGCCCCCACUGCUGCUGCUGCUCCUGGCGCAGCUGGCGGGCCGGGCGGCGGCCGCCUCCAAGGCCCCGGUGUGCCAGGAGAUCACGGUGCCCAUGUGCCGGGGCAUCGGCUACAACAUGACGCACAUGCCCAACCAGUUCAACCACGACACACAGGACGAGGCGGGCCUGGAGGUGCACCAGUUCUGGCCGCUUGUGGAGAUCCACUGCUCGCCGGACCUUCGCUUCUUCCUGUGCUCCAUGUACACGCCCAUCUGCCUGCCAGACUACCACAAGCCUCUGCCGCCCUGCCGCUCGGUGUGCGAGCGCGCCAAGGCUGGAUGUUCGCCCCUCAUGCGCCAGUACGGCUUCGCCUGGCCCGAGCGCAUGAGCUGCGACCGCCUCCCGGUGCUGGGCCGCGAUGCCGAGGUCCUGUGCAUGGAUUACAACCACAGCGAGGCCACCACGGCGCCCCCCAGAGCCUUCCCAGCCAAGCCCACCCUCCCGGGUCCAGCCGGGGCGCCGGCCGACGGGGGCGAGUGCGUCCAAGGGGGCCCGUCGGUGUGCCAGAAAUGCCAGUGCCGGGAGCCCUUCGUGCGCAUCCUGAAGGAGCACCCGCUGUACGACAAGGUGCGCACAGGCCAAGUGUCCAACUGCGCGGUGCCCUGCUACCAGCCUUCCUUCAGCCCUGACGAGCGCACGUUCGCCACCUUCUGGAUCGGCCUGUGGUCAGUGCUGUGCUUUAUCUCCACCUCCACCACCGUGGCCACCUUCCUCAUCGACAUGGAGCGCUUCCGCUACCCCGAGCGCCCCAUCAUCUUCCUGUCCGCCUGCUACCUGUGUGUGUCGCUGGGCUUCUUGGUGCGCCUGGUCAUGGGCCAUGCCAGCGUGGCCUGCAGCCGCGAGCACAGCCACAUUCACUACGAGACGACGGGCCCAGCGCUCUGCACCGUCGUCUUCCUGCUCGUCUACUUCUUCGGCAUGGCCAGCUCCAUCUGGUGGGUCAUCCUGUCGCUCACCUGGUUCCUGGCGGCCGGCAUGAAGUGGGGCAAUGAGGCCAUCGCAGGCUACGCGCAGUACUUCCACCUGGCCGCGUGGCUCAUCCCCAGCGUCAAGUCCAUCACGGCCCUGGCGCUGAGCUCGGUGGACGGGGACCCGGUGGCCGGCAUCUGCUACGUGGGCAACCAGAACCUGAACUCGCUGCGCGGCUUCGUGCUGGGGCCGCUGGUGCUCUACCUGCUGGUGGGCACGCUCUUCCUGCUGGCGGGCUUCGUGUCGCUCUUCCGCAUCCGAAGCGUCAUCAAGCAGGGUGGCACCAAGACGGACAAACUGGAGAAGCUCAUGAUCCGCAUCGGCAUCUUCACGCUGCUCUACACCGUACCGGCUAGCAUCGUGGUGGCCUGUUACCUGUACGAACAGCACUACCGCGAGAGCUGGGAGGCAGCCCUCACCUGCCCGGGCCCCGACGCCGGCCAGCAGCGCGCCAAGCCCGAGUACUGGGUGCUCAUGCUCAAGUACUUCAUGUGCCUGGUGGUGGGCAUUACGUCAGGCGUGUGGAUCUGGUCCGGAAAGACCGUGGAGUCGUGGCGGCGCUUCACCAGCCGCUGCUGCUGCCGCCCGCGGCGGGGCCACAAGAGCGGAGGCGCCACGGCCGCGGGCGACUACGCCGAGGCGAGCGCUGCGCUCACCAGCAGGACCGCGCCGCUGGGCCCCGCCGCCUACCACAAGCAGGUGUCCCUGUCCCACGUGUAGGAGUCCUGGGAGCGGGGAUCGGAGGGGGAUGGUUCCGUUGGGUAGCUCUGCCAAGGUCACUUCCGUUUACGUUAUUGGUGCUGAUGCUGCCUCUUGGGGCCACUGAGGGAGGGGUGGAAACGGGGGCCAGUGUCCAGAGAGGACCUGUGCCAGGUCUUCGAGAAGGGGCUCAGCUCGCCUGUGUUCUGUUUUUUUCCCACCUUCCAUUGGGG